AUGGGCAUUGUGUACAGGUGUCAACAAAUGGGAGUAGCGGCCACCGCUGUCCCUCAACAUGGAGAUGGCACGACCCAUGGGUGGACUGCCAAGCGAGCUUAUCGGAGAGCCAGGCACAGAGCCGGCAUUUCUGGAGGAACAUGGUACAAAGGAAGAUGGCAUACUGCCCAGUCCCUAGGAGCCAUCGCCACCACACCGAUGACACCGAAAACGCGAACCAGUCCAACGCGCUCACCCCAGAGCUUGUCCAAUCGGCUACGCAUUUGUUCGCACAAUGUUGGCAUGCUUUCAACAGAUGCACACGAUGAAUUGAUGUCCUGGUUGCAAAUGAAACAACACCAGUACGAUGUGAUUUGCAUUCAAGAAACGGGGUGGUCCCUGGAACACAUAUACGUGAAUGGACCAUGGUACGUGGUUAGCUCGGGACACUCGACAGAUAGGAAUAGCGGCGUUAUGGUGCUCAUCGCUCGCAGACUUCUUCCAUCUGAUCGUAUCCGUUAUGCGGCCAUCAUCCCGGGCAGAAUUCUACACGUCAAACUGGAGUUCUCCAAUCACCAUGUUGAUGUUUUAAAUGUAUACCAACACCCCUGGAAUACUGCGGCCACCGCGUCCAGAGUUCUUCAUCAACGAGACCAAAUUUGGACCAAAUUGAAUCAUGCCAUUGGGCAAAUGGCGAUGCGAAACACACUUCUUAUCUGCGGAGAUUUUAACACGCCCUUAAGCAUGUCUCCAGGCAGAGCGGGCUCGGGUAUCCUUCAGAAACCUUCGCCACCGCCGGAUACGUCAACUUUUGAUGCCAUACUGGAAACACACAACCUCGUGGCCUUGAAUACGUGGGGAGAUCCAGAGAAAUCCAGAACUUUUUAUUCGGAUAUUGCGGAAUCCCAGAUUGACUUUGUCAUCACCAGACGAAGAGCAGCUGAUCCACGCUCGAGAACUUUGUGGCCUGACCCAAAAAUCAAGCUUUUUGAGUGGCGGGGAGGAGGCAGGCAUCUGUGCCUACAGGGCUCUAUCCCGUGCAAAGUUUACCAACCGGCCCCCCCAGCCAAACAUUCGUAUGCGCGACAAGACCUUUUGCAUGCCGCGCAGCACAAGUUACCAGCGUUCCAGAGUUUUGAGCAUGCGGUCACCAAAUCCCUCAGUACAAUGCAGAAUCCUUCGCCGGAGGCACUGAAUGACAUGCUGUUAGUGCGUUGCAAAGAAUUCUUUCCGGUGGAGCAAGACGACAGACGUAAGCCGUGGCAGAUGACGGAAUCCAAGGUAACAGUUGCGCAAAUGUGGCGAGAAAGAAGAGCGGCGCGCAAACAGGCCACAUGGUAUCAGAUGACUGACCACAUGCAGUAUCUUUUUAGGGCCUGGCGUCACCAAUGUCGUUUCCAGCAGUUGCACUCCAAGUUCAGGAAAGAUGGUCGAAGAAGGCGCAGGGACCUCUACUUGGACCAAAUCCAACUUGCGGAGGAAGCCGCGACAAAAGGGGACCAGAAAGGACUGUACGCUGUGAUUCGCAGACUUGCGCCCAAGCAGGAAAGACGACGCGUGCAGCUACGCGGAGAUGACCACAAUGUGCUCACCAACGAGCAGGAGCUUUCAUCUCUAUCCACUUUUUGCCAAGAGUUGUUUUUGUCCAAGGCCGCAGAUGCUGCACCUGCGCACCUCGCCCCAGCAGCUGUCUGGAAGUAUUUGUCACAUCUUUUGGCAGGCCCGCUACUGCAGGCAUACCGACGAAACCUGGAGCAAGGUCUCAUACCGACCUUAUGGACGGGAGCAUGGAUUGUGUGGUUGCCAAAGCCAUCCAAACCACCCUGUACCCCGGGGAACCUACGGCCAAUCGCCUUGCAGGACUGUGGAGGCAAAUGCAUAGCCAAGGCUCUGCAGAUUCGCGCUGCACCAUGGGUGCAAUCUGUCAUCCACUACCAACCACAAUACGCGUACUCCCCAGGACGACUCCUGGAGGCUGCCAUACUACGUGCUGUUCACCAUUGCCGCAGCGUCAAACAACUCUUGCUUGAUCAAGACGGUGGGCUACGGGCCAGGCGCCAGGGUAAAAAGAGAGGGAAUUGCACUGGAGGAGCAACACUUGCCCUGGAUAUGAGCCAGGCUUUCGAUAGAGUGGACAGAACCAAACUCAGCGAGGCACUUUGCCGCACAGGAAUGCCAGCUGAGCUGAUCAAUACGAUCAUUCAAUGGCACAAUACCAUCCAGUAUCAUCUACAGGUGGCCGACCUCACGGAGACCGUGCAUUGUGGAAGAGGACUGAGGCAGGGUUGUACACUAUCCCCCACAUUAUGGGUGGCCAUCACAAGCCACGUAAUGUCAAUGAUUGGGCAACAUGUGCCGGAGGAGUGGGUUCGAGAUCAAUUGACUCUCUUCGCAGAUGAUGUUCUUGGGCAAUGGACGUUUCAUUCCGAACGGGACUUAACUUUUAUGCUGCAAUGCAUGGAUGCCAUUUUCAACGUGUUGGAAGCAUUUGGCAUGAAGGUGAAUGUCCAGAAAUCGUCGCUCCUCAUUCAAGUCAAGGGUCGAGUGGCAGCGGAAUGGUUAAAGGCGCGGACGCGAACGGUGAAGGGGGUCAAGACAUUUGUCACGGCAACACCCCAGGGCAGAAUUCUGUCUAUCCCAAUCGUGCAACAGACCAAGUACCUCGGCAUCAUGCUAAGCUACCACAAUCCAGCGAAACACACAGUUGCUUAUCGACUGAGACAAGCAGAAGCGCAACGUCGGCGACUACAAAAAGUCCUACAAGGGAAGCAUGUUCUGUCGAUUAAACAGCGUGUCCAGCUAUGGAAGGCGUGUAUCUGGACUUCUCUACAACAUGGUUUGAACGCUGUGGGAGUUGGAUGGGAGGAGCUUAGGCUGAUCCGUUCAUGCUGUGCAAGGCAACUCCGUGCGAUUUCGUCCAGCCCAGUCCACAUAACACAUGAGAGCACGGAGGCACGUUUUAAACGCCUUGGUUUUGAGGAGCCGCACCUUUUGUUACAAAAGCGGAUGCAUACACUUUCCACCACUUUGACGAACAGCACAGACCCAAUGAUGAACAUGACUGCGCUCAUCAAUACGGUUCAACAGAACCAGUUGCAACUUGAGCAGGCCAUUCGACAUUGGCAGAAUUUCAAGAUUCGACAAACACCUGAUGCCACACCAGACCAGGGUACACUACUACUCCCUGGAGAGGGCGGGAUGUGGCUGCAACCUGUCGCUACAUCCAAAGGUGUUUUGCCCGCUCAGUUCAUGCGUCCUCAAUGCCUCCUGUUCUUUGUGGAUAUGAGAAUGCUGAAGAAGCACCAUGUCGAGUCGCACGGCAUCCCCCUUGAACCACUCCUCCGCAACUUUGACCGUUUUCUGCACAGCAAAGAUGACAUGCCCACAUGUCGACACUGUGAACAUGAAUUCCAAACAUGGCAGGCGCUACAAGGUCACAUCUUGGACAAUCACUGUUCUACUUUUUGGCUGAAAUGCCAGGACCCGCAACGUGAGAUUGAGGACACCUCGUCUCCGGGCCACCCGACCUUCGAACAAACACAGGCGGGAGAUUGGAACAGGACCAACAGAGCGGACCCUGUAGCGUACCAUGAAGACCUGCGCACUUUCCUGGGAACACAUGGAUGGCCUGCUAUUGUACAGCUCAGGUCCAUUUGCAUGCACUUGAGGUCGCAUUGUGCAAUUUGUGAUCAGUGGACACAUCCAUGGAAAUUGAAGUUGCAUUAUAGAGGCAGCCACUCCACUAUCUGGCAAGACUAUGGCAUUAUGGUUGACCAGGACUGCUCACUGGUUCGAAGGCAAGCUGUGACACCUUGUCGCUUCUGUGGAGCGCAAGUCCGUAAUGCGGUCUCGCACACAUCUAAAUGCCCUACUAUUUGGCAGGUUUGCUUGCUGAUGCGUUUAUGGCACGAUGAACAAACUAUGCGGCCUCUUGACGCGCAGCAACACCGACGACACGUGCUACGGCUUGCCAGAGAGCGCCAACGCCGACAAUCGAAGGCGCGUAAGAUGCAAUUAUUGGCGGCAAAAGAGCCUCUGUUAAAUCCACCAGUGAGCAGUGACUUCUUUCCGCAUACACCCGAGCUUGAAUCAGCCCUGGUCCUAAGCGCAAACUGGAUGCAUGUGCUGGAGGACGUCUCGUGGUGUGAACAAGCUCGACACCAAUGUGUUCAAUGCAAAGUGCCCACUGCAGACGUGCGUGAGUUCAUGCAACAUUGCGCUUUUGCACAUGAAGGGAUGGAAUCCACACCGAUGGACGAACUCAAGACCAUGUACGGCGAAAUGCUGCCGUCCUUGAGCAGCACCGCAUGCACUCCGGAGACCACACCGUCGAGGUCAACAGGAAAGAGAUCGGCGUCUCCGACACAUCAACAAAGCCACAAAGGACAGGGCCGGAAGAGUACAAAGGGACGAGGAAGGGGACGCGGAGCACCGCACCCGAAAACGUCUCUCUUUCGGGAGACCUCAAGCCUCAUGGACGACACGUAUCACCUGGAGAAGGACAUGGUCAAGGAGCUGGUACGCCUGUCUCUGAGGCACGAGCAACAGUUGAUGCGAUUGGGCCAAGACACUGUUUUACUGUUCACGUUCCAGAACAGGCCAGGCGAGAAGGAAAACAUCCUGCCCGCGUUGUUCAAGAUAAGCCAGGCCUGGAAGCAGAAAAUGGAGAGCGAGACCAAGCCAACAAUGUCCUUGCGGGUCACGGUGGUGCAGUGCCUCUGUGCGGAGCUCCUCGACCGCGUCAAGAAGGUGACUACCACGGAGGCGUUCAAAGCAGUGGUGGUGCGGCAGCAAUGGCUAACACCGGAGGGACACUGGAACUUCCUACGCUGGAAUGCCGAGACGGAGCAGCUGGACAAGAUCGAGGGACAGGGCAUCACGCAAGAGGAGUUGGAAAAGUUGAUCGAAACCAUCCAACAGAGUUGCAUGCUGCCUGGAGCCCUCUACAGAUUUCAGGCGACCAGAAGGCUGGCAGCGGAACUGGCGGGACACCAACUGACCUUCGUAGCGGAGGUGGGGCUGAGGCAGCCUGGGGCACAAACACUGUACCAGUCUCUCGCCAGGAUCCAAGGGGUAGCGGCAUUGCAGCUAGUGGGUCUACGUGUUCAUCACCCGCGACUCCAGAUGUCACCGCUGGCGGACACCCUCAGCCGAUAUCUCAAGUGGCGCCUCUUUGGUUAUGCAUACACUUGCCGAGAUAUGUUGAGCAGGCCGGAAGGUAUCACUCAUGCAGGGCGCGACACCAAAUGUGGUCACUACCGGGCCUUCUUAAGUGAUGCACCGCUGAGCACCAACACCUGGUUUACCGACGACGGCCAACCAGCAAAAAGAUUUUACUUCUCACCUGCCAUCACGAUUGGCCGCAUGCUCUUGGCAUGUGCUUUUCUGUACAUUGUGUCCAUGGUGAUGCCGGAGGCGAUGAUCAGAGCAGCUGUCACAGUUUCUUUGAUGUGGGGUUGGCCGCUUUUCGCUGCUACUUUACUGCUGGGUUUUCAUGGCCUCCUCAGGCCAGGCGAGUUUCUGUACUUGACCAGGGAAGAGCUGAUCCUGCCCAGGGACUUGCUCACCUCGACCCAGCUGGCAUUUGUACGCAUUACGGACGGCAAGACUCGGCGCUUUAUGCGUCGGCAACAUGCUCGCAUCUCUGAUCACAAGACGGUAAUGUUUCUGGAUGCGCUUUUCGGGCAUCUACCUCCCGGCGCUUCCCUCUUCAACUGCUCACGUGAAGUGCAUCGUACCCGUUGGAAUGCCGUCUUCUCCCACCUGCAUGUGGCCACCUCUGAAGCUGAUAAGGGUGUCAUUCCGAAAACUUUGCGAGGCUCAGGAGCGACAUGGCUCUAUCAAAGAACAGAAGACGUUGAAAAGAUUCAGUGGCGUGGCCGGUGGCAACAACGCAAGACGCUUGAGUAUUACCUACAGGACGUGGCCGGGCAAUUAUUGCUCGCAAAGCUGACACAGAGUCAGCGGCUCCAGCGGCGACAGCUACGUAACAUGAUUGGAAUGGAGCUCCAGUGUUUGAAGAUGGGCCUGAGAGCCUACCUCCUGCUCCUUUCGACGUUUGUGCAGUCUGCCAAGUUCGGCGAUCAUGCAAAGCAGCUCGCCUGCGCACUCGGGAUACUUGUUAGCUCGCCUGCGCACUCGGGAUACUUGUUAGCAGCAGAGCGAAACCCGCCCGGAAUGGAGCUCCAGUGUUUGAAGAUGGGCCUGAGAGCCUACCUCCUGCUCCUUUCGACGUUUGUGCAGUCUGCCAAGUUCGGCGAUCAUGCAAAGCAGCUCGCCUGCGCACUCGGGAUACUUGGUGCACUUCUCUGGCAUUUUGGAGAGAAGCUGAUGACGCUCCAUUGA